AUGCCGGAGCUUCUCGUGACAGACAACGGUACGCAAUUCAAAAGUGCGGAAUUCAGCGAGUUCUGCUGCGAAAACGGUAUUCGUCAUAUGACAACGGUUCCUUUUCAUCCACAACCGAACGGUCAAGCCGAACGAUUUGUGGACACCUUUAAAAGGGCAGUUAAGAAAAUUCAGGAGGGAGAAGGUUCGGUCAAGCUUGCACUGGACAUUUUCCUUCUGACUUACCGUUCCACACCAGAUCCCAACGUUCCAGGUAGGAAGUCACCAGCAGAGGCGAUGUACAAUCGACCGCUAAGAACAUCGUUAGAUCUUCUACGACCACCGUCAAUUCCUGAACAGCAACUGAACCGCCAGGGUUCUUCCAAAGCACGGUCGCUCAAUCCAAAGGAUUCCGUGUAUGCUAAAAUUUCUGCCAACAAUAAGUGGUCGUGGCUCCCUAGAACGGUAGUAGAGAGGAUCGGCACAGUGAUGUACAACAUCUGGAUGGACAAUGGGAAGCUGGUCAGAUCUCAUCUCAAUCAGCUCAGACAGCGAGAUGCUCCUAGAACAACAGCGAAGGCGCAGGCGAAACAACGUAUUCCACUCAGCAUCUUGCUCAACGAGUGGAAACUAUCUAUGCCCGCAUUAGCAACACCCCUGAUAACCCGAUUGUCAGAAACGGAAGUCCUGGAGCAAUCACGGUCCACGAUAGUUCCAGCAUCACCCGCUACACCUGCGAGUGGCCUUUCAACAUCAGCGUCUUCACCUUCGACGGCCUUCGAGUCUGCGGCUGAUAGUUCACCGGCAGUACAACUACCUCGGCGCUCUUCUCGAACCAGAAGACCACCGCAACGGUUCCAGCCGUACCUUCGGUACUAG